AUGCGUCUUCCAAGGCAAAGUUUGCCUUCCUCCAAAACUCCAGCCAGCGUGCAGUGAGCACGCCGCCGCCGCCGCCGCCACUGGCCGUGCACGGCAUUCAUGCAUUUUUCUUCUCCAACACACCACGCACACCAACCACCACACCCUUGAUGACAAUGGCUCGCACGAUGGCUUUGCUUGCUGUGGCCACGCUGCUGAUGGCGGCGUGCGCUGUGAACGGCCUGCACCGCGUUCCUCUCACGGGCAUGCCCCGCUCCCGUGACACGCUGCGCAACGCCGGCGCCGCUCUGCUGAACAAGUACUCCCUCGGCAACGGCACCAACGUCCCCAUCUACAACUUUGAGGACGCCCAGUACUAUGGCGAGAUUACCAUUGGCACCCCUCCCCAGCGCUUCAAGGUUGUCUUCGACACCGGUUCCUCCAACUUGUGGGUCCCCUCCAAGCAGUGCAAGUCUCUCGCCUGCGACCUGCACCACAAGUACGACUCCUCCCAGUCCUCCACCUACUUCCCCAACGGCACCAAGUUUGCCAUCGAGUACGGCUCUGGCUCCCUGACGGGCUUCCUCUCCGGUGACAAGACAUGCGUCGGCGACCUCUGCGUCGAGAAGCAACUGUUCGCCGAGGCCACAAACGAGCCUGGUAUCACCUUUGUUGCCGCCAAGUUUGACGGCAUCCUGGGUAUGGGCUUUGUCGAGAUCUCCGUGGACCAGGUUGUCCCAUACUGGUACAACCUCGUCAGCGCCGGCAAGGUGGAGAGCAACAUGUACACCUUCUGGCUCAACCGCGUCCAGGGCGCCCCCUCUGGUGGCGAGCUCACCCUCGGUGGCUACGACCCCAAGCACAUGUCUGGCCCCAUCCAGUGGGUUCCUCUCACCCGCGACGGCUACUGGCAGUUUGCCAUGGACUCCCUUUCCGUGAACGGCGACAGCUACUGCAGCAACUGCCAGGCCAUCGCUGACACCGGCACCUCCCUCCUUGCUGGCCCCACGGACGCCAUCAAGAAGCUCAACAAGCAGAUUGGCGCCAUCCCCAUCGCUCAGGGCGAGUACAUGGUGGACUGCAAGAAGAUCCCAACCAUGCCCAACGUCGACAUUGUCCUCAACGGCCAGAAGUUUACGCUGACCCCUCAGCAGUACGUUCUCCAGGUCUCUGCCCAGGGUCAAACUGAGUGCCUCAGCGGCUUCUUCGGCCUCGACGUGCCUCCUCCAGCUGGCCCCCUCUGGAUUCUCGGCGACGUGUUCAUCGGCGCCUACACCACUGUCUUCGACAUGGGCAACAACCGCGUUGGCUUCGCCCCUUCUGCCUAAGCACACACGCUACAACUGUGAAUGCCUCCAUCAGAACCCCGACCCUCUCUCUCCUCUUUCCUUUCCCUUCAUUCACAAACACACCACCAACGAAUAACAACAGAUACAAUGCGAAAUGAG